AAUAUCUGUGAUCUGUGCUAAGUGCUAACUACCGCCACCUGUGGCAGUACCCUCGGACCUCGGUGGCGCUCGCACACUCACAGUGGCAGAAAACUGACAGAUUCAGAUUUAGGAACAUAGGAAAAACUACGUUAGCUUUGUUGACAGUCAAUUUUAUAUCGGAGUAUUUUACAAAAUGUCUUUAAUUGGGCUAAGUUGUAGAAUAUUUCAAAUCGGUAAACAAAGUAAGAUUAAAUGGCCAUGCAGUCAUCUGAGCUCCUGUUUACAGCAGAGGCUGUGCAGCACAACUUCUGAAAUACCCAAAUUACAGCAUGGAACUUCUCUGCCUACAAUUAUUGAUUUUCCUUCCUUUCAGACCAGAUCCAUCCAGGCUCCACGUGAGGCAUUGGUGGAGACCCUGUAUGAUGAGGACUCUGUGGGGCUUGUGUCCCUGAAUCCAGAGGUGUUUGGUCAGCUCCCCCUCCUGCAUGUCAUGCAUGACAACAUCAAGUGGCAGACUCAAUACAAACAUAUUAAUUAUAAUCAUGCAUUAUCACGCCAUGAGUGCCGAGGCGGUGGCAGGAAACCUUGGCCACAAAAGGGAUUAGGAAAGGCCCGGCACGGGUCCCGCAGGUCUCCGCUGUUCCUGAAGGGAGGUGUCGCCCACGGGCCCCGACGCUACACCACCAAGUUCUACAUGCUCGCCUACGGCAACCGCGUCCUGGGCCUUACCAGCGCCCUCUCCGCCAAGUUUGCCCAGGACGACCUGAAGGUGGUGCGCAGCCUGGAUGUGGCGUCGUCAGCCCCCGAGCCGCUGCUGGAGCUGCUUGAACAGCGCCUCUGGGGGCCCUCGGUGCUGUUUGUGCACACGGAUGACAUCAUGCCCGAGAAGAUCUGCAAAGCAACCGAAACAAUUGGCCAUAUAAAUCUCAUGCCCGUAUACGGGCUGAACGUGUACUCGAUGUUGAAGCACGACACGCUCGUGCUGACGGUGCCGGCGCUGCGGCUGCUGGAGGAGCGCCUCAUGCACGCCAUCUACAAUACCGCCGGCGCUCACCUCCACUCCCCCACCCAACUGCUCUGAGCUUCAGAGCUCGGCGUGUUUCAGGGCUGUAUUUACUACGAAUGCGGGGCCUCUUCGGGACUCAGCGGUCUCGAGUUGCAGUCCGGUGUUAUCAAGUAAAGUGUUUCAUUAGAGGAAAAUUAUCCACAGGAUAAUUGCCACAAGUUAGGCACUGUUGGCAGUGAUGAACACCGCUCCUUUUCGUCUCAACUGUAUUUAUUUUGUCGAGCGCUUGGUUCAAGAAGAUAAAUCUAUGUUACUGAUGACAGUACAAGAUAUUGCAUCCGUCUGUGUGGUUAUUGUAGAAGCAUUUGAGGGCAAGGAUCCAAUAACUCAGUUUGCUCUUAACUCAAUGGCUUCAAACAUUUUGUUUGUUGUAACCUUGCGAUGUGUGAAUCAAAAUGCGAGAGACUUGCACAUGCAUUUAUUAGUAAAAGUACUCAUAAAAU